AAGUGGCAGUAAAGAUGGCCGCCUCAGCUGACCCUGAGGAGAGAGGCGCCGCAGACGCUCCUACGACAUGGCCGAGCUCCUUGACGUGCAGGUUGUGGCGUAAUUGAGUUGGAAAACUGCUACAGGUAUUACUUAAGACCUACAAAAUGGAUCAUGUCAAGGCCAUCCCCUUGGUGGUGGGACUGGUGAUUGUGGUUGGUACAGCUAUUCUCACCAAGCUGUACCUCUCCAAAAAGCGUGGGCCUCCUCGCACACUCCAGGAUCCUACUGUAAAGUAUCCAUUAGAACUGAUCGAACGAGAAGAGUUAUCUCAUGAUACAAGACGUUUUCGGUUCAAGCUGCCAUCUGCUGAUCACGUUUUAGGCUUGCCCAUUGGUCAACACAUCUACCUCUCGGCCCGAGUUGAUGGACAGGUGGUGGUGCGCCCCUACACCCCCGUCUCCAGUGAUGAGGACAGGGGACACUUGGAUCUUGUGGUCAAGGUUUACUUCAAGAACGUUCAUCCAAAGUUUCCUGAUGGAGGUAAAAUGAGUCAACACUUGGAGGCUAUGAAGUUGGGGGAGACUAUUGAUGUGCGAGGACCAUCGGGUUUACUAGAGUACCGAGGACGUGGAGUAUUUGCCAUUAAACCAGACAAGAAGUCGCCACCAAAUUUAGUCACAGGCAAAAAAGUCAACAUGAUUGCUGGUGGCACUGGAAUCACCCCCAUGCUUCAGCUGGUGCGUCAGGUGGCUCGUGAUGAGGAAGACAAGACACAGCUGGCUCUCGUCUUUGCCAACCAAACUGAGGCUGACAUAUUACUCAGGAAUGAACUGGAGGAUGUGCUAGCUCAACACCCAGACCAAUUCAAACUGUGGUACACUGUAGAUCGUCCAGAAGAAGGAUGGAAAUACAGCAGUGGAUUUGUAAGUGCAGAAAUGAUCUCGGACCACCUUUACCCUCCCGCUGAUGAUACAUUGGUGUUGAUGUGUGGCCCACCCCCUAUGAUUAACUUUGCAUGUAUCCCCAAUCUGGACAAAUUGGGGUAUUCUCCAAACUUGAGGUUUGCCUACUAAUCUGCUUGGACAAGAAUUACCAGUGGUAAGAAUUAAUACUAAUAAGAAUUAGUAUGACAUAUAAUACUUGUUCUGAUAAAUAUUAAGAUAGUACAGUAUUAAAAUUUAUGAAACCUAACUGUGGCAGUUAUAUUGCAAUCUGCAUUAAACAAAGCCUUUUAGUUAAAACUUAAAAGGUUUAUGCAGAUAUUCCUAAAUUGUCAUUUUACAGGUACAAUACACAAGUUUGUGGAUAACAUUUAAUAUUCAGUAUCUGCAUAUUAUAUGCCUUCUUGCUCCGGGAGUGGUACUCCCUUGAGUUAGUACCCACAUGUAGAAACUUUCAGAAAUAUUUUGGCAACUUUUCCUCCAUACUUCCAUGUGACAAAGAAUACAUGAGUAGUUAAAACAUGUGUUGAAGAUUUCUAUUUGCUUUAGCUGCUAUGCAAGGUAAUACUCGGUGAUUUUUGUUGUGAAAAUAACAGUAUAUAUAUUAUUGAGUUGUAAUGGAGCUGUAAUGAAGGAUAAAGUAGGGAUUACAGAAACAAUGUCGCCACCAUUGGUGCUGUAGUGUGAAUGUCAACAAGGAAAAGAACAAUUUGUGUAAUAGUAGGUCACCUGAUCUACUGUCUUCUGAUAUUUAAUUAAUGUGAUAUUAAUAAUUUUGAGAAUGUAUCUUCUCGAGAUGAUUUGUAAGUAAAUUCUUGAGAUGUAAAUUGUAAGUACAGUAUGUACUUCUGAGGGAUGUUUUUAAAUUAUAGUAUAUUAAAUGUUCUUGUAUACUGUGGAUUGUUUUUGUUUUUUUGUAGAUAGUCGUGAACUAAGAGUAUCGUAAAUAUAGAUAACUUAGCGCAACAGAAGAAAUAUUUUGAAUACUGAAAUAUUUGGUUUAGCAUAAUCUUUCAAGCAAGAUUGUUCUCACUUGAAAAUUCUAUAUACUGUACUCAUAACAAUAGGGACACAAAAGGUUGUGUUUCAUAAACAUAAUUUUAAAUACAAUUGUCUUAAAAAUUAUAGUCUGAAUUAUUUUGGAAAAUGUUUAUAGACAUGAUUAUUAUUACUUUUGUUUCAUAAUUUCAGUACAGUAUGUUAUAUUGUCUAAAAUUAUUUGGUAUAAUCCAGGUACACUCUUGUUUUCUUGUGUACACCAUAGUAUAAAAUAUCUUCACGUAAGAGCUACAAGGUCAGUGUGGUGUGGACAUAUCUUUAGUUUCGUUUUAGUAGAGGGAUUGUUAUAAUGUGUACGUUCUUUGUAUGGAAUAUGUGGUGAAUUAAAGGCUAUUUUUGUCUACAGUGACUGGUGCUAGAGCUCCAGUUAUAAUAUAGGGUGAGGGAUACAAGUACUGUAUUUUCACUAAACAUUAGCUACUAAUUUCAGACACACGACAGCUUAAACCAUAGUAUAGAUUCUUUAUAUUAUGCAAAAAAAUAAUGUUUAGCUGUGUAUUGACUAAUAAAACUUUAUAUUAAAUAAAAAUUGA